AUGCUUCAGGUUGAAAAACAAAGAACAAAAGUAGCAGAUACAAAACCGUUAGACUAUAUCUUUACAAAUGCUGGUAGGACUAUUUCAGAUGAAGAAAUUUCAUCCCGUGCAUACAUGUUUGACUAUCCAAUUCGUUGGCUUCAAAGUCCUUCAGAUGCAAAGGCAAUAGGAUUUAGAAGAGUUUUGUUUUCAAAUAGAACUAACGCAUUUAUGUUCGCAGUAUAUUUUCAUGGGCAGUAUGAAGGUCAUGAUGGUCUAAUAGACAAAUUUGACGAAAUGAGAAUCUUUACAAUUCGUUCAGACGAAAGUCUUGAGAAAACUCUAGAUGACUUUCAAGUUUGGUUCACAACAAAUGGUGUGCAACAUAUUAUUCCAUUGUACUAUGACUUUUAUCUCGAAUUGUCUUUCAUAUAUAACUACGGAAAAGUGCUGAAAAAGUAUUGA